CUUCAUGUUAGCACGGUAGCACAACCUCGGCGAAACCUUAUUUUCGAACUGUUUGGUUCGGAAGGUUACAAGGGGAAACCUGCAUUUUUUCCGGAUUUUGUCCUUUCUGGACCGGAAAAGCAAACCGUAUCAAGACGCGAUGGAUAAGAAAGCCUGAUAGGGAAAUUAUGUUAAGGUGGUGGUGUGUUUUGGUGCUUCUGUCAGGCGAAAUUGGUCGGUCUUUCGCUGAGGGGAGAAUAGGAUGUUUGAUCAGCCCGGACGCGUGCGUAGCGGGGGAGGAUUGUAUUGACGAUGACCUGUUUGGCAACUGCCAGGACAGGUUCUUACCUCAGGAUUCUCACAAGUAUCACCUGCAGUUCAGCAGCCUGGGAAUUCUCGAGGCAGAGGUGACGAGACUCAUCAAGUACAAGUUCACCUGGUUCGACAGUUACACGCAGUGUAUUCUGCGCCACAUCCUCAUCGCGGAUCGAUAUGACAUUCCGUACGACCAGGCUAAGUGCGAUGCGCAGCUGGCCAGCGAUGCGUCGCGCGGCUACAAGAUACUGCAGCUAUCGAAGGCUCUACGUGACAUGGGGCUCGUCGAGGAGCCAGGCUCGACGCAGAACGACAGGGAUUACGUCGACACGGGUGUCUACGGCACACCUUACUUCUACGUGAACGAGGAGACUGGUAAGUACACGAACGACCCAGGAGCCGAUUCCCUGCAGAAGUACGACUUCUUUAGCGGAUCGAAUGAUUCCAUAGGCAAGUUAGAGCAUCUCAUAACUCUCUAUCUUAGCAGCAAGUAUCCUGACUCUCUGAGUGGCGCAGAGAGAGAAGGUGAGUGGAACCCGGGCGAGGCGUACGACAGAGCGUACGGCGAUUACGACGGUCGUUACGCAGGAGAGCUGGGCGGUUACGACGAUGCAGGCGGUUACGACGAGGCAGCUGGCAAGGCUGGCGGUUACGACGAUGCAGCUGGCAAGGCUGGCGGUUACGACGAUGCAGCUGGCAAGGCUGGCGGUUACGACGAUGCAGCUGGCAAGGCUGGCGGUUACGAUGAUGUAGCUGGCAAGGCUGGCGGUUACGAUGAUGCAGCUGGCAAGGCUGGGAGUUACGAAAUGGCCGCCGACAAAAUUGGCGGCUAUGAAGAUGAUUCGGAAAAAGCGAUGAGCAGCGACGACGAGGAUGCGGAGAAAGUCGACGGCUAUGAUGAGGGUGCUGGCGAUGGUGGCAUUUACGAGAAUGCAGGCGAUGGUGGUGGUAAAGAAAAUGCAGGUGAUGGUGACGGCGAUGGUGGCGGCGUUGGUGGCGGUGACGAAAAUGCAGGCGAUGGUGGUGGCGAUGGUGGCGGUGACAAGAAUGCAGGCGAUGGUGGCGGCGAUGGUGGCGGUGACAAGAAUGCAGGCGAUGGUGGCGGCGAUGGUGGCGGUGACAAGAAUGCAGGCGCCGGAGGCGGUAACGAGAAUUCUGGCAACAGUGCUGGGCACGAGAAUGCAGGCAAUGCUGGCAGAUUCGACUAUGGAGGCGACCCGUACUACGAUGACUACACGUAUCGUGACAACGGUGGCGGCUACGCCGGGGUCAGCGACGACGACGACGACGACAGCGCGUAUCUGGACUCUGGCCUGAACAACCUGGUCAAGCCCUCGUACAUCGCCUACAACGACAUUCCGAACACGCUGGUCGACAGCGAUUACGGCGGCGGCGGUGGCGGCGACGAUGACAGUCUCCUUUACCUGCUGGAGCACAACUCGUUGCAGCCGUGGCAGGGAGGAGGCGGCGGCGGCGCCAGAAGCAGCAACGAUGCCGCCGGCCGGCCGUGGAAGGCGUCCCUUGACGACGAUAUUCGGCAGUCGGAGAACGGAAUUUACGACAUGCUGUCAGACGACUGGUACGAGCAUCUCAACAAGGCUCCUGAUGAGCAGGAUCUGGAGGAGGAGGCUGCGGAUGAGGAAGCUGCAGAGUCCGAAGAUGCUGAGCAUGGUGGCAUCCCGCGUGAUCCAGGUGCAGGUGAGAUCAAGGGAGCAAUGCAAGUUGCAGACGGACCAGAGGAAGGUGAGGAGAGCCCUGCUUUCCACGAACCUCUUCUAGUCGGGCAGUCCCCCGUUGAGGAGUCUGAAAUGGCUUCUAUUCUCAAUGAUGAUUCCAAGGGGGAGAAGGACGAGGGAGGAAAAAACAUGAAUGACUAUCUCCCGCCAUCCUUCUAUGACGCUCUCACUGACCUGCAAGAUGAGGAGCAGUUAGGAACAGAGACAAACAAGAAGAAGAAGGCAGAUGUGACAGGAUCUCUAGCCGUCGACCUAAGUCCUGGGGAGGAGGAACAGCUGGAGAAGGUGCUGAUGCAGUACCUCAACGAACGUGGGUGGCCAGAGUCUGAGGUGACAGAUGAGGACAUCAAGGAUAUUCUGCUGUUGGCUGACAAGGUGGUCAGUGAGAAGAGAGACAAGGAAUAUGUCGAGCACACGCCCGUACAAGCCGUUGGCAGUGAUGAAUCGUUCAGCAGGGAGAAGGGCGUGCUCCUGCAGGGAAUGCCCGAGACCGUGCAGUACGGAAACCCAUUGCUUGGCAAAUCUGAAGUCCCGCGGGCAGAGCACAGUUCCCAUGCUGAAGGAGAUGACAAGGCCAUCGCGGUGGAGACGAAGUCUGUGGGUGGCGAGCAGGCUGGUGACAUGGAUGGCGAUGGUGACAUUGAUGUCGUUGACACCAGAUAUGCCUACAUACGCUCCAAGCAGAAAUUGGAUAAAGAGACUGCACGUGAGAUGCUUGAUAAGCUGGCAAGCCUCUUAGGAUUGUCACCGGACACGUUCACUGACAUUAGGACGGCGGGCACAGAGGUGACAUUCAUGGUGAAGGACAACCGUAGGCAUCUGAAUGCUACUCAGAUUGGAGAAGCUGCAAAGGCAGAGAAAGCCAAUUUGUUCAACAUGACGGGAGGUAAAGUACAGAUUCUGGAGGCAGGCUAUGGCAAGGACAGGACGAAGCUGGAGGUGAGGGAUGCUGAUGACAAUCGCUUCUUUGUGCUGACGUUUGUGCUGUGCGGAUGCAUAGCGGGAUGCAUCCUUGCUGUCGUCGUCAUCUACCUGGUGCGUCGCCACACCCGCUCCCAAGAGAAGCUGAAGAACAUGACCAGCAACAUCGAGUCCGAGGUCACCCAGGACUACCAGGAGUGAAGAGCCAGCCACCACCAACAUGGACAUAUCAACUGGACACAUUGUCUUGGCAUACAUGGAGGACCAUUUGAAGAACAAAGACCGGCUGCAGCAGGAGUGGACGGCCCUGACAGCGUACGAAGCUGACCCCUCGAACAACUCCAUCUCCCAGAUCGAACAGAACAUGCUGAAGAACAGAUUCCCUGAAGCCACUCCUUACGAUCAUUCACGGGUGAUUCUCAAUGACAGCACCAACGUCAACGGUUCUGACUACAUCAAUGCAAAUACCAUAACGGACCACGACCCACGAAACCCGGCAUACAUCGUCACGCAGGGACCUCUGCCGCACACGGUCGCCGACUUCUGGCAGAUGGUGUGGGAGCAGGGCAGCGUCGUCAUCGUGACUCUGACGCGGCUCACCGAGAACGGAGUCUCCAUGUGUCAUCGCUAUUGGCCCGAGGAAGGAAGCGAACUGUAUCACAUCUACGAGGUGCACCUUGUGUCUGAGCACAUCUGGUGUGACGAUUAUCUGGUGAGAAGCUUCUAUCUUAAGAACCUGCAGACGAAUGAAACGCGCACGGUCACCCAGUUUCACUUCCUCUCCUGGCCGGCUUACUCUGUGCCAUCAUCGGCCAAGGCUCUGCUUGAGUUCAGAAGGAAAGUUAACAAGUCGUACAGAGGAAGGUCUUGCCCCAUUGUAGUACACUGCGGUGAUGGGAGUGGCCGCUCAGGCACGUACUGCUUAAUUGACAUGGUACUUAACCGCCUGACCAAGGGAGCGAAGGAGAUUGACAUAGCAGCCACGCUGGAGCACAUUCGUGACCAGAGAAUCGGAAUGGUAAAGACCAAGGAGCAGUUCGAGUUCGCACUGAAUGCAGUGGCUGAGGAGGUGAAUGCCAUUCUGAAGGCAUUGACACAGUAGAUGUAGUCAGUAUAUGGAGUACUUCCAUAGGAUAUCGCAGCUAUGGCAACAAACGUCUUCUGUAUAGCACGAUAAAGAUGUACUUGAGACGCAGCUGUCGAACAAAGAAUAGAGACUAAAAUAUGGCAAAGAGCCAAUUUUAAUCAUAAGUCUUAAUGACCAAAGAUAAAUAUUAAAUGAACUGAAGAUGUUGUGUAUAUUGUGAAUUUUUAGUUUCAAUCACUAGAUAAAAUAUAUUCUCAAACCAAAGAUAAACAGUGAUUGUUCUAUAAAUAAUUAUAUAUAUAUAUAUAACAAGAAAUUUCCAUGUAUGUACCACGUUCAGGAUAAUAGUAGUAUGUUAUUUAUUUAUAUCUAUUAUUUAUUUAUUUUGUUGAUCUAUACUGAAGUCUAUUUGACACAAGUGAAUGCAUGUUGCAUCGUUGGUUUGUGGCCAGUCCAGUGCUUAUCCCUCCCCUCUACGCAACGAAUCAUGUUCUUCUGCUAUGACAUACGUAGAGUUGUUAUCUAGGCAGCUUCUCUUGUCCAUAAUCGUGUUUCAUUUUACAGCAGUUUUUGGAAACUACUUUUGUUUUUCGUCGUAUGUUAAUGGAAAUCUGAGAAAAAAACUUCAGUCGUAAUAUGUGUGGUGUUUUUGGAGCGGUGAUGUUUUUCUCCCGCAAGGUUCUAUUACUGUCAUUGUUGGGCGACAAAUACUAGCAUGCAUUGUAUAUCCUGAGUAAUUCUACCCCAGUAAUGUUACUCUAGCAGCGAGGUAAUCAAACUAUAGAACAUGGCGAUAUGGUCGUUAGCAAUUUGAGGCGGUCACGGUUAUUAGCUGCUGCAGUCUCCGUUUCUGCUCUAGGUCGCACAGUGUCAACUUUGUCAUUUGUUGUUGGCUGGUUUAUUCACCGGGAGCUGGUUGGUUAUUAUUGGAGUUGCGUUGAGCUGCGUGGAGUAUUGGUCUCGAUCUCGGAUAGGAUGUUACUUAGUUAUAGCCUAUGCUCUAUAUACGCCAACAAAGUAUUCAACAGUCUCACAAAUUUGCAUUUUCGAUCGUUCAGAUCAAUGAUUGUUCUCUUGAAUUCAGUUGCGCAGGAUGUGAAGAGUAGAGUUGUUGCGGUGGCAAGUGGCGUGGUUUGGAGAAUGGUCCUGAUAUUUGAUCAAAGGUGCCAAUUUGUGUGAUUCGCAGCAAACAUCUUCAGAAGUUAUAUAGUUUGCACGACAACAGAUAUAUUGAAGCGAUGCGCAUAGCACGUCACUGUCUAAAUUGGCUUCAAUUGUCGAAAAGUAUUUUUGUGUUAUAUUUUUUUCCAGGAUAAUCUGAUAAUAGCAUAGUUCACAAACGCAAAACAUUCCUCCGUAUGUAUCCACAGUACUUUAUUUUCGUCUUUCUCUAAAACACACGCUAUUGCGGUUGUUAUCAACGAAAAGACUUUAAAAAGGGACGAACAUGUGUAGGACUCAAUGAUAGACAAGUGUUUACAUAUCACAUUCAUAAGAUUAACCGCUUCCUUGAGACAAGCAGAUCACAAGGAAGAUCUAUUGCUAGCGUUCUUCGCAGGUAUUGUCGACAAAAUAUGCAGAUGAUUGUUACGAACGUUUGCCACGUGCAUCGAGUUUUCGUUUUCUCGAAAAUGCAUUACCUUAUUCUUGGAACCUAACACUUCUUGAGUGCCUCGUGGUCGCGUUGAACAAAAGGUGGCUGUAAGAACUGUGUGAUAUUGAAAUUUAGAAGGUAGUUUGUAAGUUCUGCUGAACAGUUCGCUGUUGUUCAGUGGUGUCUUAUGACUAGGGUGAUGCGAGACGCAGUAUACAAACUUGCACCUGUGACUUAUGUAAGCCUGACAAUAAAUUAUUGACUGUGAGCCUUAUGCAGUCGUGUGUAUCUGUCCUGUUCAUGA